CACAAUAUGGAUGCGUGGAGCGAGUGUGAGUAGCACUGGCGGAGGAGGCAUCGGCAGCACAGUGACCAUGGGGGCCGGUCUCCCCCUCUGGAUCCCUUACUGCACGCAAUCGGACAGACGCGUUUCCACGAGUUCGAACGAGUUCUCAGGAAGAGGAGAAUGUCUCAAGCUGAUUCGGGAGCUGAACCGAGAGACCUCUCACCACCGGCACCUGGCAGUAGGCCUAGGAGGAAGCGGCGACUGCGAGCGACUGAGGGACGAACUCAAGAGGUCGAGACGGCGGGCGCAGGACCUCGCCAGACAAGCCAAGCUCAAGCUGGACCCCCACUUACAAGAAACAGGAGAUGUUGCGCACCCUAACUCUCCAACACACCUUCACCCUCCACGUGGGUCCAACCGGUCUCAUCAACACGGGCGUGCACGAGUACGGCCAGGGGUAUCGGGGUGGGGCGCCCGUCGACCACAUGGACCUCCCCCUCGACGACAGACUCGCCCUCGAGAGAGCCGAGGUCAACCAACUCCACAAAGAACUCAUCGACCUGAGAAAUCUGAUAAACGCCAUGGAGGGAAAUCUGGACAUGAAGCCCUGGAUUUGGGGGGAAAUAAGCGAGAAACAAAUCCUGGCGGCCAUUGGCGAAGACUCGACUUCGUGUCUGGAGACGAACGAAGAUUCCGGGCUUUCGGACAUGGAAUCGGAGGGCGGAGGCAGCGAAACAAGUGUCUGUCGGCGCCGCUGUUUUUGCUGGAUCAUGACCAUCAUUUUCGGCCUCCUGGUGUUCACUUUCGUCGGAAUAUUCAUCGCCAUCGCCUCAUAACGCCCUCAUAAGUCAACCCAAAUCGUCUUCCUCAUCAUAGUCAUAUUUAUCUCGACGCAUUUUUAAGUUCGGGUAAUGUGGGAA